UCCUCCUCGGCGCAGCCUCCGGCGUGCAUCGUUGGGUGGAGAUGCCCGGCCGCGGUGUGUGCCCCGACGACCGCGCCGCUUCGGUUCCCGCCCACACGUCGGCUGCACAGACCGUGGCCCUUAACAACAAGAUUAAAGAACAAAAAAUUAUUGUGGAUGAACUUUCUAACCUGAAGAAGAAUCGGAAAGUAUACAAACAGCAACAGAACAGCAACAUAUUCUUUCUUGCAGAUCGAACAAAAAUGUUUUCUGAAAGCAAAAAUACCUUAGAUGAAUUAAGAAAAGAGUACCACGCAUUAGAAAACAGUGAGACAACCAAAGUUAAGACACAGUCACCUUGACUUCACAUAAUCAUGUGUGGCAUUUGCUGUUCCGUAAGCUUCUCUGUUGAGCACGCCAGUGAAGACUUA